AUGGAGGAGCAGUCGCCGCUGCCACCGGCCGGCCCGCCAGUGAGCAUGGCCCUGCUGGGCAGUCCCCACCCCGGCGCCCCCUCCGAGGCCGGCACGCCUGGCGGGACUUCGGCGGCGGCGGCGGCGGUGCUGUCUUUCAGCACCGUGGCGACCGUGGCUGCCGAGGCGCUGGGGAACCAGAACGGCGAGAGCGAAGGCGGCAGCGGUGCCGCCCGGGUUGGCGGCGGACUCCGCGGCGAGCGCGGGGCGGCGGGGGCGGUGGAGAGGCCGCCGCUGGACCCGGAGGGGGCGCCGCUGCUGUUGCAGGGGGCGGCGGUGGCGGCGCAGGCGCUUGUUCUCCUGCUCGUCUUCCUGCUGUCUAGCCUGGGCAACUGCGCGGUGAUGGCGGUGAUCGCGAAGCACCGGCAGCUCCGCACCGUCACCAACGCUUUCAUCUUGUCCCUGUCCCUGUCGGACCUACUCACGGCGCUGCUCUGCCUGCCUGCCGCCUUCCUGGACCUCUUCACGCCGCCCGAGGGACCCUGGCACGGCUUCUGUGCCUCCAGCCGCUUCUUCAGCUCGUACUUCGGCAUCGUGUCCACGCUCAGCAUAGCCCUCAUCUCACUGGACCGCUACUGCGCCAUCGUGCGACCGCCCCGGGAGAAGAUCGGCCGCCGCCGCGCACUGCAGCUGCUGGCGGGUGCCUGGCUGGCGGCCCUGGGUUUCUCCCUGCCCUGGGAGCGGCUGGGGUCGCGCCGGGAGCCCCCGGGGGCGCAAAGCUUCCACGACUGCCUGUACCGGACCUCCCCGGACCCGGUGCAGCAGGGCGCGGCCUACAGCGUGGGGCUGGUGGUGGUCUGCUACCUGCUGCCUUUCCUGCUCAUGUGCUUCUGCCACUACCACAUCUGCAAGACAGUGCGCCUAUCGGACGUGCGCGUGCGACCCGUGACCACCUACGCGCGUGUGCUGCGCUUCUUCAGCGAGGUGCGCACGGCCACCACCGUGCUCAUCAUGAUCAUCUUCGUCAUCGGUUGCUGGGGGCCCUACUGCUUCCUUGUGCUGCUGGCCGCGACCCGACAGGUGCAGGCCGCGAAGGCGCCCUCGUUUCUUAACGUGGUGGCUGUCUGGCUGACCUGGGCCAAUGGCGCCAUCAACCCUGUUAUCUAUGCCAUCCGCAACCCCAACAUAUCAACGCUCCUGAGGCGCAACCGGGAAGAGGGCUACCGGACUAGGAACGUGGACACUUACCUGCCCAACCAGGGCCUGGGUCAGCAGGCCCAACGCCACAAACGCCUUCGUAACCGCUAUGCCAACAGGCUGGAGAUCUGCAGCAGGAUGUCCUCUUCCAACCCGGCCAGCGGGGGUGGAGGGGACUUAGCCAUGUGGGCCUGCAAAAAUCCAGUUGUGCUUUUUUGCCGGGAGGGGCCACUAGAGCCAGUGGCAGCAGCGGCCAAACAACCUAAAUCAGAAGCUGGGGAUACCAGCCUUUAAGAAGGGUUAUGAUUCACAGUUUGUGAAGCCAAAUUUCUACCAGCUUCAUUUAGUGAUAAAGGAUUCCAGGGAGACGCGUGGGAUUUCAUAAAGCCAAACAUUUAAAACUCAAAGAGACGGAGGAGGGAGGCUUACCACUUCCCCCAAACGAUAUAAAAGACAAUGUCCCCUUCUUCAAAAGUGCCAAAAAGAAUGUCAAAUCAAAAAUUAAAACAAUCUUAAGCCACACAACUAAACAUUGUGAACUGUAAGUGCCAAAAAUGACAAAAAAUAAACUUCACAAUUACUGAAAAGCUCAUAUUAAAGGGAUCACACUGUGAAAUAAACAAACAAAAAUCAUUGACGGCAACCAGUAUUUGUUCAAAUGCAUAGUUUCAGGAAUGAAAGGAAGCCCUCAAAGCUGCUUGAAGGCCCUGCUAGAUUUAGCAUUCACCAAAACUUUAGAUUUUUAGAACUUGCACCUCUUAUACAUGCUUUGGGUGCUUAGGUUGUUAGAGGUAAAAUUCUCAUCCUUACACACUUAGAUGCACUUCCUCUCCCCUCCCUUUAUAAUCUUUAUGCGAAAUUUUAAAUUCAUAUCCCAUUUAAAACAAUUUUAA